AUGUCGUCUCAUUCUGAAUCUCAAAUCGUCCAUUCAAACGAAGACGUGGAUUCAGACGAAGAGGGAGCUCUUCAUAUCGUUGAACCGGAAGAAUACGAAGAAGAUCAAGUUGAUGAGGCUUCAGCCAACGCUCCACCUCCUGAAGAUCCUUCUCCACUGCCUGGAAUUUCUGCGGCAGUUCUUGCGGACGCGAUUGCGUUCGUUGAAGCAGAGAAGAAGAGAAUCGCUGCUGCAAAAUCUGCUGCUGAAGCUGAUGCGGCCGCUGCUGAUAAUGCUGAUACCACUCCAAAAGAUAUGAUCAUACCUCUUUUUAUUUACGCUUUCGCAGUAACUGUUCAUCAUACAAUUUCUUCCGCUUCAGUGGUGAACACAUCAGCAACGCCACAGAAGGAGGGCGAACAGGAACAUAAUAACUCGAUGGACGCUUGCAGCAAGGAAAGUAACAACGAGUACUUCUCUGCCUCGGAAGGGACUGGAUCAUCGAGCGGUUUCUUAAGCGCAGCCGAAGGAAGUGACUCGCUACAAGAUGUCUCUAACACGUUUGCCGAUGUAAGAAUGUGGGCUCACGACAGAAAUGUGGCACAACAUAGUGCCACGGCUGUCAGUGAAGCUGUACCGGACAUCCUUGAGAAUAACGAAGCUGUGCCGGACAUCCUUGAGAAUAGCGAAGAGGUUGAAGCUGAACAGCAUCCUGACGGAAACACCACUGCCGCUCCAGAAUUGCGCAAACCUGAGAAGAGGCCUAUAUCUCCGACCAAAGACAUCUUUCCGCUUCUGCAUGUGUCUUGCAAUGGUGCCGUUUCCAUGUGGAUCAAUGAUUAUGUCAAAGUGGAACAGUCCGUGGAUCGUUGCGUUUGGAUAACGCAUUCUGACAAAUUCUCUGCAUUUGUGAAUGAGCAGGGCAAUGUUUCGUCCAUCGUACAUAAUGCCGCGAGAAUUGCGAACAAUGACGAAAGAAUCUACGCGAAAGUUUCUUUGUGCGAGAACGACCACAACGCCAUCAUAGACGCGAACAGCAUCAUCUUCACGUCUAGCAACCAAACCGGUGCUUAUCUCCUUUCACGUGGAAUAGGACUCAGCGAAGUUGACUUGAAGAGCCUUGAUUUUACACUGGACUGUCUAAACCGCGACGUUUCGGUCUACAACUUUUACAACUAUGCCAGAACUGGACAUCAGUAUGGUGAUGCUGCUCAGACUAUCUUGCUGCAAAGCGAGAUAAGGAAGAAAGAAACGGGAAGAUUCGAAGUUGAAAUGGAUGGCUACUUCGUAAGUGUGCUGGAAGGAGGAGAACUGGACAUCAGCUUCCCUCCCACUCACAUUCAUGCGUCCAAGGAUGGCAGCUCCAUCUAUAUCAAAACUCGUAUCAUUGAGAUGUGUGUUGAGGAGGGCAAAAGUGUUCGCAUCAAGCUCGGUAACAAGCGUAUUCACGCUUCUCUCACUGGGAUGAUGGUUUGCGAUGGUACCCAGUCUGCUUCGAUGGAUGCUGAAGGACAUCUGGUGACUUGCCCCGUGUCUUUGAUUACUUUCAACAGUACCACCCGUCGUCCUCGUACUCCUCGCAAGCCUCGUAAUGCUCCAACUGGUCGUAAUGCUCAUUCGCUUCCACCAUCCGCUCAUUAA